AUGCCGGCCGCGGUUCUCCCGCAGAAGCGGGUAUUUGGCGAGGCGUCCAAUGCUCGUAGUAACAUUGCUGCUGUACCGUCGACACCGUCUGCGUCAGCCAAGAAGCGCCGCCUGGAACAUCUGCCGCCGUCGUCGAGCCCGGCUGCAGGACGCCAGCUGUUGCCAAGCUCGCAAAAUGGUCCCGGCCGCUUCGGUGGCUCCAGCCAGCAGAAGAGCGUCUUCGAGUCCGAGGUCCUCGAGAAGCUGAGCCAGGACAUCAACGAACUCAAGCAAAACAACGCCGAAAAGGACCAGAUCUGGGACCGGCCACCGGUUCCCGCAGACUUUGACGCGCACACGUCCGACCUGUCCUUCCAGCAGAUCGAAGCUGAGGAGGGCACAACGCACGGCGGACGGCCUACGGUCAAGCUGUUUGGUGUGACAGAAGAGGGAAACUCGGUGCUGUUGCAUGUCACCGAGUUCCGGCACUACCUGUACGUGGCGGCACCGGCGUCGUUUGCGCCCACGGACUGCAAGGCGUUCCAGGCGUACCUGGAGGCACAGAUGGCAUGGCACCAGCCGGUGAUCUACUCCGUGCAAAUGACGAUGCGUGAGAGCAUCUACGGCUUCCAAAACAACACACAGAACCCUUUUCUCAAGAUCACGGUGACAGACCACAAGCAUAUCAGCCGCGUCCGCUCCGCCGUCGAGAACCGCCGGGCCAACUGGAAGGGCAUGUGGGGCCAGGCCGAGGGUCAGAUUAUGACCUACGACAAUCUGCAGUACGUCAUGCGUUUCAUGGUCGACUGCGACAUCUUUGGCAUGUCCUGGGUGACUGCGCCGGCCAACAAGUACAUGCUUAUUCCGGACCAGAACAAGCAGUCCAACUGUCAGAUCGAGGCCGAGAUCAGUUACGUUGACCUCGUGGCGCACAAACCCGUCGGCGAGUGGUCCAAGAUGGCACCGAUGCGCAUUCUGUCUUUUGAUAUUGAGUGUGCCGGCCGCAAGGGUAUUUUUCCUGAGGCCGAUCACGACCCGGUUAUUCAGAUUGCCAACGUGGUGACGCGCUAUGGUGAGAAGAAGCCAUUCGUGCGCAACGUGUUUUGUCUUGACAAGACAAGUUCGAUCGUGGCAACACAGGUGCUCGAGUUUGACCGCGAGGAGGCCAUGCUGGCGUCAUGGCGCGAUUUUUUGCUGCGUGUCGACCCGGACAUCAUCACAGGCUACAACAUUGCCAACUUUGAUUUCCCCUACCUCCUUGACCGUGCACAGCAUCUCAAAGUUCCUCGGUUCAAUCACUGGACACGUAUCCCAAGUGUUCAGUCGCAGUCGAAAGAUUCCAACCUCACGAGCAAGCAGAUGGGCAGUCGCGACACCAAGGCUACCAACAUCAACGGGCGGCUGCAGCUGGACCUGUUGCAGCUAAUUCAGCGCGACCACCACCUACGCAGUUACACGCUCAACUCGGUGUGCUCACACUUCCUGGGCGAGCAGAAGGAGGAUGUGCACUACACCAUGAUUACAGAGCUGUUCAACGGCACACCAGAGAACCGACGACGACUCGCACUCUACUGCUUAAAGGACGCGUACCUGCCACAGCGGCUGAUGGACAAGCUGUCUUGUCUCGAAAACUACACAGAGAUGGCCCGUGUCACAGGCGUGCCCUUCAACUUCCUGCUGUCACGCGGGCAGCAAGUGAAAUUCAUCAGCCAGCUGUUCCGCAAGGCUCUUGAUCAAAAGCUUGUCGUGCCGAACCUGCAGUCUAAGGGGACGGACGAGCAGUACGAGGGAGCGACGGUUAUCGAGCCGGUGCGUGAUUUCUACAAAGAGCCCGUAGCGACGCUCGAUUUCGCUUCGCUGUACCCCAGUAUUAUGCAGGCGCACAACCUAUGCUACACGACGCUUGUCAACAACACUGCGAUUGAAGCGUUUGGGCUAAAGAAGGAUAUUGACUACAUUGUGACGCCCAACAACGACAAGUUUGUGACGGUGGCGCAACGCAAGGGUCUGCUGGCACAGAUUCUGGAGGAACUGCUAGCGGCGCGUAAGCAAGCAAAGCGCGAGCUGGCCAUGGAGACGGAUUCGUUCAAGAAGGCCGUGCUCAACGGUCGGCAGCUCGCCUUGAAGAUCAGCGCCAACAGUGUGUACGGCCUGACGGGUGCCACCACUGGCAAGCUGCCCUGUCUCGAGAUUGCACGCAGCACAACAAGCUACGGUCGCCAGAUGAUUGAGCGGACGAAAAACGAGGUGGAGGCGCGCUACAACAUCGCCAACGGCUACUCACACGAUGCACAGGUCGUGUACGGCGAUACGGAUUCGGUCAUGGUCAAGUUUGGCACCAAGGACCUCUCGGAGGCGAUGAAACUGGGCGAGGAAGCGGCGCAGUUCGUGUCGUCGAAAUUCGCCAAGCCGAUCAAGCUUGAGUUCGAAAAGGUGUACUACCCCUACCUCUUGAUCAACAAGAAGCGGUACGCCGGUCUGUAUUGGACGCGGCCCGACAAAUACGACAAGAUGGACACCAAGGGCAUCGAGACUGUGCGGCGUGACAACUGCCUGCUGGUGCAGACGGUGAUUGAAAAGGUGCUGCGCAUGAUGCUGAUUGACCAGGACGAGGUGGGUGCGCAGGCGUACGUGCGCGACAUUAUCUCGGACCUGCUGCAAAACAAGAUCGACAUGUCGAAGCUGGUCAUCACCAAGGCGCUCACCAAGGAGAGCUACAAGGCCAAGCAGGCGCACGUCGAGCUCGCCGAGCGGAUGAAGAAGCGCGACCCGGGCUCGGCACCGGGCCUGGGCGACCGUGUGGCGUACGUGAUGGUCAAGGGCGCGACGGGCUCCAAGAACUUUGAGCGGUCGGAGGACCCCAUUUUUGUGCUCGAGAACAAUGUGCCCAUCGAUACCAAGUACUACCUGGACAACCAGCUGGCGAAGCCGCUGGGCCGCAUCUUUGAGCCCAUCAUGGGCGAGGCCAAGGCACGGUCGCUGCUGACGGGCGACCACACGCGGUCGAUCUCGGUGGCGGCGCCGUCGGUGGGCGGGCUGAUGAAGUUUGCCAAGAAGACGCAGACGUGCAUGGCGUGCAAGAAGCCGCUGCGCGGCAAGGAGGAGAGCCAGGGCGCGGUGUGCGCAGACGACGCGCCGCGGGUGGGCGAGCUGUACAACAAGACGCUCGACAAGGUGUCGGAUCUUGAGGUGCGGUUCGGGCGUCUGUGGACGCAGUGCCAGCGGUGCCAGGGCAGCAUGCACUGCGAGGUGAUCUGCAGCAGCAAAGACUGUCCGAUCUUUUACAUGCGGAUGAAGGCGAAGAAGGACCUGGAGGACGCGAACAAGGACUUGCAACGGUUCGACUUUGACGCCGCGGCGACAUGGUAG